GGGCCGGCGGCGGCGGCAGCAGCAGCAUCAAAGAGCCCCGAUUCCUGCCGCCCUGGGAGCCAUGCGCUGCUGUCUGUAAUGUCAGCGGAACAGGAGAAGGACCCCAUCGCCCUGAAGAGAUCCCGAGGUGGUGACAGUGGAUUGGAUGGGUUAGGAGGACCAGGAGUACAACUUGGAAGCCCGGAUAAGAAAAAGCGCAAAGCAAAUACACAGGGAUCAUCAUUUCCUCCUCCAUCUGAAUAUGCUCCACCGCCGAAUCCAAGCUCUGACCACCUUGUAGCUGCAAAUCCCUUUGAUGACAACUAUAAUACCGUGUCUUAUAAACCUUCAGGAAAUCCAUAUUUUAGUAAUCCUGGUUAUCCUGGCUUUGGAGGCUAUAACACUUUCAGAAUGCCACCUCACAUGCUGCCCAGAGUGUCCUCGCCAUAUGGUGGUUCUUAUUCCCUCAGAAACCAACCACAUCCUCUUCCUCAAAACCCCGUUGGAAUGGGUUUUAGUCGACCCCACUCUUUCAGCUUUGGUCCACAUGAUAACCCAGGUUUUGGAAAUCAACCUCCAUAUAGUAGUGGUCAGAUAAAUCAAAAUGUCAAUAUACCUGGUCAGCAUUUCAGACCAAAUCCCAGUGAAAACUUUGGCCAUUCUGGUCAGAUGCCUCACCCUGAUGUGCCAUCUAACUUUGGUCCUGGAAACAAUCCAAAUUUCCCAAAUUCUCAGCUAGAGUCAAACCAUGCUUUUGUUCCUCCACCAAACACGUACAACCAGACAAAAUCAUCAGCACAAAAGCAGGACUUUAGUCAAGGUGCAAGCAAAGCAGCCAGCCAGAACACUGCUGCUCAUCAGCAUCAUCACAGGACAGAGGAUAUUGUGAGUCAAGGUAACAGUGACAUCAAAAAUGUUACUCGAAACAAUGCGGUAAAUCAGGAUAAUAGCCAUUCUAGUAGUGCUGAUAACGCUAAUGCUGGUCAUUCAAAUGGGACUCAGAGUAAGUCCCGCCAGCCUCGAGGUACUGCUGAAGGAUGCAACUCUGAAAAGAGCAGCAAAACACCCCUUCAUCCCAGUCGUCAUGGUCACUCAUCCUCUGAACCUGUCUAUCCAUGUGGAAUUUGUACACAUGAAGUUAAUGAUGACCAGGAUGCCAUCCUGUGUGAAGCCUCUUGUCAAAAAUGGUUUCAUCGGAUCUGUACAGGCAUGACUGAGUCAGCUUAUGGUCUUCUUACAGCAGAAGCAUCAGCAGUAUGGGGCUGUGAUACUUGCAUGGCUGACAAAGAUGUCCAGUUAAUGCGUACGAGAGAGACUGCAGGACCACCUGCAUUGAAUACAGAUGGCUAGCAACGUGAACUGGUGAUAGUGGUUGAAAUACUUGCUAUGAAAAUUUGGUUACAAGUUGAUUACUUCACUUUCUGCAGACAAUCAGUUGUGUUUGAUUGCUGUCAUCUUUUUCCUUAAUCUAUUUUCAUUCAUAAACUUUCAUCUCAGCUUUUGUACUUGUAGUUUUAUGUGUGCAAAUGUUUUAUAGGAUGAGAUUUACCUUUUUUUUGGGUUCUGAUUAAACUGUAAGACAUAACUGACAACUGAUAAGACACAGGAUGUGCACGGACAAUUUUAGUGAAAGCAAAAUGUGCCUGUAUGAAUAGUCACUAACUUGCUAGUGUUAAUGUGUUAACUAACACUAGCAUUUAGUGCUUGGUUUUAACGGUACUAUAUUUUCAAGUAGUAAUUACUUUUUUGGAGGGGUGAAUGUCCAUUACUGAUGUUUGAUGUUCUUGCUAUCCAUACUUUGCAUAUAGUGGAGGUGACAUGGAAGAAUGUGCAGUACUAAUAGUUUUUUUUAUUUUAAGGUAAAUACAGAGAAUUUGCAUGUCCUUUUUCCUUAAGUAAACCAUUAACACUAUUCAUGAAACUAGCGAACUCUUACACACUUAUAUUUCCUUGACAAGCUACUGAUCUCUUGACUUCUCAGCAAAUACUUCUUUACAGAAGACUCUUGUUAAGUCUUGCAGUGUUUGGAAAUAGGUACAAAAUACGAUUACACUGGGAAAAGAACACAUGAAGUUCAUGAAGUCCAGUGCUUUAAAUCUAGAGCAUACCAAAACUAGGGUUCAGUUAUCUUAAGCACAUAGGUUAGGAUACAGUCUCUGAAUCUGUCUCAGUUGUGUGAUCAUGCACCUCUCUCUCAUCCUUAUUGAUAGUUCUAGUCUCCUGCCUCAGUGCUGCCUGGGAACAGCGAAUGAAUUAAUGUGGUGAAAGUCCUGUCCUUCUAGGGCUUUCAGCUAGAGUCUGCUCAGUUGUCCCGAGCAUACACAGUCCACUUGUCAUGAAGGAGGGUGCAAAGCAAUGGAGUGUGCUCAGCACAGGCUCUGAAUUGCAAGAUAAUUUGGCCAGCAAAGUCUUCCAACUAAGUUCUCACUACGGUCUCAGCCAGUCUUGCAGCAAAGGGGUGGGAAAUGUAGGGUGAAGAAAAAUACAGCUUUCAUGUGAGGUGAAUUUAGCUCACAUCAGGAGCGAGUAAUUAGAAGUUUUGCUUAUUUGCUAAACUUAAUAUGCUGCUGGCAAAUAUGAAUGGCACUAGAGCUUUGUAUGUGAUGCUAAGAAUUCUAUUUUAAUAUGGGUAAUUGAUCUUAUUCUUGAUCUCAAACAUACACGCGCACAAACACCCUUGCUUUUUUUAUGUGCAGAAACAUCUAGCCUUGACUUCAGCUGUAGCAAUGUGAUAAACUUACAUAUCCACCUGAAAAGGAGUGCUUCUGCAGAGAGAAGUGUUGUUUUGACUUAAAAGGUGGCACUGUAAUAACAGAUACUGCUCCUAGUACCACCAUGUUAGAAACUUUUAGUUUAUAAACAACAGUUAAAUCAUGUCAAGCAAUAAAGGUACUAGUCAUGCUCCUUAAUGUGAUAAAUUGUUCAGAUCUAUGGUGAUGAGUGAUGUAGAAGCCUAUCUAGAAUACCAUCAAAGAGGUACAAAGAGGUAGUUUUUAUGGUAAGCUAUGACAAUGAAUGAAAAGUCCUGUUUGCUAGGUCACCAUUUUUUUUCAAUUUGAAAUGGGAUCUACUGUGGUACUUUCCUGGGAGAUACUGUGCAGAUAGUAAUUGUCCUUAUUUUGUUUUAGAAGUGCAGGUUGUGCCUAUUCUUUCACUAGGGAAGUAUAGUAUUGCCGCUUUCUUUUUUUUCCCCUUCUCUCAUCAGGAAAAAGGAAAUAAUGCCUAAAGUGUAAAUGACACAAUUUGUAUCUUGAGGAUUUCCUGUGUGGAGAUGUAAAGAAGGUAUAAGGCAGAUCUGGGGCUUCUGUUUUCAUCACUGUUUGCUUUGUUUAGUACAAAGACUAAAUUUAAUUUAUUUUGAUAGAGUUAUGAUAUUUGAAAACAAAAAAACAGCCAAGCAACAACCUCUGUUGGAGAGACUUAUCCUUCAGUAGUUUUCCUAAUGACCGACUGUUAGAAUUUUCUUCCGUUAUCUAAAGUAGAAAUUAAACUAAACCUUGUUUAGAUAGGUUUAUUCCUUUGGGAGUCAGUUUAAUGUCUGCAACAAUUUGCGUUGUGAAGGUAGUGGAGCUGUUUCAGACCUGCAGAAAUGUGAAUGAGAAGAAAAAUUUUGCUCAGUGAAAAUUCAACAAAAGCUCCGAUGAUUAUGUUGUUACCCAAGUGUGCUUUUCGCAAUACCUUUUCCACUCCCACAAGGCAUUCCUUUUGUGUUUGGGGCAUUUGUUCUCAGAAGCCCAGUGAAUGUUUUAACAUUUUGGAGCAGAGAUUAUAUUUCAAAUUUCUUACUCUCUUCCUCAACCCUACAUGAAGUUAGGUGUUUUCUGCGUUAGCUAGCAAAGCAUUAAAAUUUAGAGUUCUUACAAACUUAAAAUCAACUGGAUUAAAAUUUAUAAGGCCUUAAGUUAUGUAAUUGUGAAACUUAUUCUAACAAUUGAUUUCACUUUUUCUAAACUGGUACUAUGUUGGGUUUGUAACCCAGUAAAUUUUCUGUGUUUAUUAACCUCCUAAUUUAAGACGUUGGUAUAUGCCAAUCACAUAAAAUAAAAACCAAAUGAACAAUAAAUUCAAACUUGUUAUCACACUGAUCAUAGAGAUAUGACUGGCAGGAUCUUCAGAAGUCAUCCAGCUAAUAUGCUUGCCCUACUGAUGUGCUCUUGGCAGAACUGGACUUUAUCUAGACAGAGGGUUAUACUUUGUUUUUCUCUGCAUGUAUCGACUAGUAGUAGUUCAAGUAUGCACAGGAAAAACAACAAUCAUGUUUUGUUAGUAAGGUACUAGGAAAAUGUCAGCUGGUUAGAAUUAGAGAUUAGUUAUAGAGUGGGUGGGUAGGAGGGAGGGUUGAUUAGAAUAGGUGAGGUUUUUUUGUAAUACUCUACAUGAAACAAUUUGUACUGAGCUAUCAUGUGCUUCUUUCAUUGCUAGUGAUUUAGACUGUACGGGUGCUGCACACCAAAGAUAUUGCAAAGAUUUUGUAAACAUACAAACCUUAACAUUCUUGUGGGAAAGGCCUGUGUCAUUUUAAAAUAGCUCCUCGUCAUGAUCAGAAAUGCAGCCAAUAUUGCCCAGAAUGUUCUCCUUCCCCACCUCUCCCCCCUCCCAUUUUUUUUCCCCCCCUUAGGCUGGGAUUGAACUAUCCGUAAUACUUGGGGGGAUUUUGCCAGAGAUCAGUUUUAAGUGAAUGAAUAUGUAAUUUGCUCUUUAAAUGUCUGUUUGGUUGGUGUCAGGGUGACAGUGCUGCAUAUAGGCUAGAGGGUAGAUAUCAAAAAUCCCGUCUGACUUUUUUUACUGAUCCUUUCUAUAACUUGAGACAAGUUGGUUAACUGUUUGUGCCUCCAUCUCUUUUUUCAGAAGAUGGGAACAAUGCUUACUUCCCAAGGGUGCUUAGAGGCCUAGUUAUUGUUUGAGAUCUUCUGAUGAAAGAGACAAGACAAAAGUAAUAAAAUUUGCUCUAUUUAAAACAAAAAUAAAAUUUUGGGAGCUGCUCAAAGAAUAUACUUUGUGACGGCUGAAGUUUUUAAUCUUAAGACCUUGUUUUGUAACUGUAAUUUUAGGCUUAACUUGAAGCAUGUGAAAAUUAACAAAGUCGGUGGAACUGCAUGCACGUAGUCAAGAACGUUUCAAGUGUUUGCAGUUUGGGGCCUAUAUUUGUGAGUGAAAUGCUUUUUAUGGUUUGAGAUCUUUACAAAAUCAGUGGUGUUCAAAUGUCGCACCUUUUUAAUGUUUGUCUCUAUUCCAACUUAAUACAAUAACACAUCUGCAUUAAAUAUCUCUUUCAUUUUAUAAAUAAACAUUGCCUGGCAGUAAAAGUAUUGGUGUAACAUUUUUUUAAAAAGGAAGUCAUGCUUCUUAUCAUGUUGUAUGUGACUUAUGACUGUUUCAUAUUAAAACUAAUAUUUCCUUAUGUACUGCUUAAAUAUACCUGUUUUGGGAUAUCAGUUCAGUACUUUUUAUACAAUCUUGAAUGUGUUCCACAUUGGUGACAUGUAUUUUUGCAACAACUUUUUUGUUUCAAUUUUAAAUUAGAGCAUGUCUGAAGUAAUACAUGCAUUAGUGCUGUGGUGUGUGGCAAAGUUAAUGUAUGUAAUUCAAAUUGGAAAAAAAGUUUCCAGACUUUGUCCAAUAUUAACCCUGUGGCCAGGGAUGAAAUUACUAUGUAAUACAAAUUAUUUCAUAUCAUGAUGUGUUUUAAGCUACUCUAUGAAGUAUGUGAAACAUUGUUUAUGGAUUGGUAGCUGGCAUGGUAUCUUGCAUAGGAUGAGGUCUGAUAGAUGAUAGCAAUCCAUGGUAAUUAAAACUUCCUACCUUUCAGAACACGCAGCACUUAAUGUGCAUUGUCAUCUUAUCCCUAUAAUUGUUAGUAUGAAUUUCUUAAUAUUAUCCACUGACAAAUGGGUGAACAUUUCAUAAUAAUCUCAUGGGUAUGAAAAUUCUAUUCUAAUACUCUUUACUUGGUUUACAAAACAUUUAGUUUUUUUAUCUAUUGGAUGUGACUAGAUACAUGCAGGAGGAUCUAGAACUGGAUGUAUUUUAAAGUUACUGUGGAAUUACCAAGUUUUGUCUGAAGCUUUCUAUAUUAGAAUAGAUUCUUCCUUAAAAUUGGAAAAUUAAGUGUACUUAGCAGAGCUCUUAAGGCAAUAUAACCAUUCUAUGCUACAUCUUGACUUACGCACAUUCACUUCUUUGUAUGGGGUUCCUCUGAUUUCUUGUUGGCUUGUGCUUUAUAUGGAAAUAAAGGAUCCCUUUAGUGCCAUAAUAUUUUGUGUUAUCAGUUCUGAGGUAAUUAAUUCUGAAUGGUAUUCAGACCCCUAGAGAGGCUGCCUAUAGCUUGGAAUAUUCAGCAUCGCCCUUAGUUUCCUGGUUCAGAAAUGGCUUAUCCCAACAUCAUAUGGAAUGCCUAUUUUUGUAUUGUUUGUCAGAUGUAAUUAAUUUUUCCUUUCAAGUUCUAACAAACUGUCUCAAAAUAAUUUUUGAUCCAACCCAAUAGUUUAUGCACUGUAAUUCAGGAAUUGCUGUAUUGGAUAUAGUUUGGGGCUAGAGUCCUGAGAGAUGUUGUGACUUUUUAGCCUAGACAUUCAUCUUCUAUGUGAUGGUCUAAAUCUGAACUUCUGUAUAACUUAGAGGGCAAGCUUUUUCCUUUCUUUUUUUCUGAAGUGUGAAAUACUGUGGAAUUGAGGGCUUUUUUACUUAAAAGACAGUCUCUCUUCCAAGCUUUUGUGCAUGGCCUUUAGAGGAGACACUGUGUUAUUUAGAGCCUUCUGACUUGGAGGAAUUUUUUUCCACAUGUCCUUUCUGUGUUUAAGAUGAAUUUAAAAAGGCAAGUUACCAAUCUCCUGCUGUCCAAACAGAACAAAAUAUAAGCUGUUUAAGAUUGUUGACAUGUAUUUUUUUUGUUAAUAAUGAUGCAAUAUUUUACCUUUUAGAAGAACAUAUAUCAGAAUCUGAUUCAAACAUUCUUGGAAAACGUAUAUGGUAGAUUUUUGUCCACCACUGUAUGUAACUUUGUCGCUUUCUGUUGUCUGGUUUCAGUUUCUCUUAAAAUAAAGAUGAUUUU